AUGUCCACUACUGUUACCCAUACUACUACACUAACGAUCGAGAUAUGGAAAAACCGGGACCCAUCGACCACGAGUACUCUAUCGUUCAAGCUUCCAGAGAUUGAUCAAAGCCUCCGUCGCGAAUACAUCCAGCUAGGCAAUGUGUUCAAAGGCAUAGACGACCUGGAUAAUCUUAUCUUUAACCCACAAGCAUGGACUUCACAAGAAGGGCUCGGCAUAGAGCCCAUGAGCCUGCAGCUGCAUAAUUACAGCAAUACAUGGGAGAAGGGGGCUUGGAACCACGACACCUUCAUCGGCCUGGUUGAGUGGGGCGUUGCUCGCAUCAAAUGGUGCUACGACAUCGAAACGCUGAAGAUAACUAGCUUCGUACCAAGUCCUACCUUCCUUGCUCAACUCAACGAACAACCCUGCGUUGUCAACGCCAUCAAGCGUAGCCUAUCUCGCUGUGUCUAUGUCAUCACUGGGGUGGCGGAGGCAUCUGGUACGAACGUUAGUGUGUGUCGCUUCAAGAGGUGUGGUAUUAUCAUAAGGAGUCGCCCGUUUAGCCUCUUUGUAGGUCAGGGCAUAACGCAGUCCAUGUCUAGACCGCUGGGUGGACCUCGUCCAAUUCCUGUUGGGUAUAGCCUGCAUCGUUUGACACUGGGAAAGGGUAAGCUUAUGGCGGAACCAGUCACGGCUUCAUCCUUUCCCAAGAAACUGCUUUCUUUUGAUAUCGACUUUCCCUUGAGUAUUAGUGAUCAGAGCUCAUGA